AUGAGUGUCGAAAAUGAACAGCGAGCUAAGCCCCGUGUGGCUGUUCUAUAUCAGACCACGGAGCCUCCCGUCAUCGACGGGACACGCAAGCCUAUGAAGCCUGGUGGCUACCAGGAUUCCGGAGCAGAUAUUGGAUAUGCCCUGAGUCUCUCAGAUGAGGUUGAGGUCAUCACUCAGUCCUCUGACCCAGUCCCUGAACAGCACGCUGGAUGGUGCUUCCCUGACACCGAAGAAGGAAUUUUGCAGGCCAUUGAGCGUGGUGCCACUCAUCUUUGGGCUAACACGAUUCUGUUUGCCUCGCAUCCAAUUCAAGUAUCUACCAAGGUCGGCAAGCACCAGAAUUACCUGCGUGUCGUUGGUCAGGGCCCUUUGCUCGUCGAGAAGUACGACAACAAGGACUACGUCAAUGAUCUCCUGCGCCGACUCGGGGGCUUCACCAUGCCGCGGGCAUGGUCGCUGCCGUCGGGCCCCAUCACCCUCAGCGACAUUGAUGAUUGCAUCUAUCCCCUUGUUGUCAAGCCCGCCCGCGGCCGCGGCAGCUACGGCGUCAAAGUCUGCAAAGACGCUUCGGAGCUCAUCUCGCACGCUGAAUCGCUGAGGUCUGAGGGCCUCAACCUGGUCAUGGUUGAAGAAUAUCUCGCUGGCGAGGAAGCGACAGUCACAGUCAUGCCGCCGAGCCUUGACAGGCUGGGCUACCUGGCCCUGCCGGUUGUCACGCGCUUCAACCACCAAGAUGGUAUCGCUCCGUACAAUGGCACUGUUGCCGUUUCCACGAACUCGAGGGCUGUUGUCGGGUCAGACGACCCGGCAUAUGAGGUAAUCUCUAGGGAGUGCGAGAAUGUCGCCCGAGUUCUUGGUGUUACGGGCGCAAUCCGGAUUGACGUCAGACGCUACGGCCCUUCGGACCCGAGAUUUGUGAUAUUCGACGUCAACAUGAAACCUAACAUAACCGGCCCCGGCCGGCCGGGCCGAGAGGAUCAGGCGUGCUUAUCCCUUCUAGCAGCAGGCGGCCUAGGCUGGGAUUAUCAACGCUUGCUGAAAGAGAUACUUGGCACAGCCGUCCUUUUGACAAAGCACCGGUCACUCCAUCCUCGGUGA